CUGUCACCAAUCUAGGUACUCACUCUUCUUCUGCACUUGUACCUACUCGCUCACUCACAUACAGUACACUCUGUCGCCCCUCCUUUAACCCUGAAGCCUCAGGACGCAAAGCGCCGAGAACUUUGCCCUCCUCGAAACUCUUUCACUGGGCACGGAAGCAUGACCCCUUUGCUCUUGCUCCUCCGUCCGGCUGUCCCCUGUCAAGAUUUGUAACAUCAAAACCUAAAGACCCUGUGCUAUCUGCUCUGCUCUACUUACCUACUAUCCUACGGCAUCUCCAUCCUAGAUCGUCAACGGCUCGACGGGCCGACGGAAUGUAUCUAACCCCUUCUCGCCGAUCUGCCGCAUUCCUCGGCCUACUCUUGCUUGCCGGGUCGACCUUUUUCUUGUACAACAUUGAAGGAGCCCGUCUAUCUCUCUUAUACCCAUGGAGUCCUUACCAAAAAACCGUUUUAAGCGAUUACGAGAAGCAGCAUCCGGAUGUACGACAGCGGGUGGAAAGAUUGAGACGAACGUGCUCGCAACCGGACCCGUUUGAGAAAGAAUAUGGUCGGGCAAAUCUGAGGCUGAGUCGGGCCUACGAGGGUUCACUUCAUCGCUUACGACAAUUACUACACAAAUUACUACGGGGGGAGACCAUCACUAUCACGGCCAUAGGCGGUAGCAUCACCGCCGGUCAUCAUGUCGACGAUGACGAGGUGUGGUUUGAGCGGUUUGCUGAGUGGCUGCGCGAUUUUGUGGGAAGCAAGUCUCAGGUUAUCGCUGUGAACGGGGCAGCACCGGCUACCGGGUCCGACUACUUCUCCUUCUGCUUCCCCCUUCACAUACCAGAAGAAGCCGACUUGGUGAUCGUUGAGCUCGCUGUCAAUGACGAGGCCAUAUUGGAGCAUGUUGAGAACAUGGAGAAUCUUCUUCGAGGCUUGGUCGAAUUGCCACAUAGACCGGCAAUCGUCCUCGCAGAGGCCAUGGCAUUCAGCAAUGGUGGCAUGGGAGGUGGGGGCGGGCGAAUGCACCUACCUGUAGCACAAUACUAUGAUGUACCUGUGGUCAAUCAACGUCACCCCCUGGCCUCACAUUUUGCACGGUAUCCACAACUGAUUCGACCAUACUUUACACAGGACUACUGGGGUAAUCCAGAUACGCGUCACUUCAACGCUCGGGGACACCGUGAUUUGGGAAUGCUGCUGGCCAGCCUACUGCGUGAUGCCGCAUGCGACAUGUUGUCAGACGAUACAUUCACCGUACCACCUUCGCUUCCUCCGUCGAUCUAUCCACCUCCGUCCUUCUCGGAAGAACUCAGUCUAACUGGACUGGGAGACCUGGAGGCUCAAUCAGACGUGGCAGCGUGGCAAGACUCGAUUGUCGAAGACUCUCAAAAGUCAUGGCCAGAACAAAGUAGAUUUUGGAGGCUCGAUCCUGUCGAUGACCAAGAGGUCGGGGCACUCAUGCCUGGAAUGUGGACGAUGCCUUAUGAGUAUGGACAAUUGCCGCGCAUGCGGGUACAAGAUGGAUGGAACCCCAACCUCGAUCAUUUCGUACCACCCUUCAAGCCGAUCUGUCUGUCAACGCGAUCAAGCGACCCCCGAUUCAACCUCACUCCCACCUAUACCGAUGGUUGGGAGCACUGGGUUCACCCUGAUUAUCGGGACAAGCCAUACAUCAUGGCCACAGAGCCAGGCUCGCGAGUGUCAUUCGAGCUCGAGACCAAUGUAGGGGUGAUCAAGAUGUAUUCCCUCCGUAGCCGGACGUUCGGUUUAGGUACGAUUGUUUGUUGGGUGGAUGAUGACGUGGACAAGGGGGUCACCGUGACAGGAUGGUGGGAUAAUGACAUGAACAUUGGCCGAUUUGCCACCAUACGAAAUGAUCUAAUCGCAGGACGACAUACUCUGACAUGCGAGGUAUCACAGGAGACGAGUGAUCCCGGAGGCGGUCAUGAGUUCCGAAUCAUCUCGGUGAUGAGCGUCUGAGAGGUGCAGCCUGUAGCCCGUCGUCCGUAAUGGUAAGGAUGUCUUGCCUCCAGUAUCUGUAUAAUCAUCCACGGACGAUGCAUUGUCAUGAUAGAGCUUG